AAUACAAGGUCAGAAGUCUACUCUGCUCAACUUGACAGCUGAAUCAAGGACAGCCUACUCUCCCACACAUUACCCUGAGAUAAAAGGGACCUUCUCUGAGAGCAGAUCUGUCGAUGGCUUCACAGACAAUACAUUUUGUCACCUGGAAUGUUAAUGGACUUAAACGAAAUAGAGAUGAGAAAUUUCAAAAACUACAAAAUGCGGACGUUGUUUUCUUCCAAGAGACACAUAUUGGAGAACGAGAUAAACAUAUUAUAGAAGGUCUAAAAAAUGAGUGAAAUGUUUUCUACACAAAGUUUACCUCCCGAAAGGGAACAGCCAUACUUGUCAAGAAAAGACUAGAUUUUGAAUGUAUAAGUGAUGAAAAAGAUAACAGUGGAGCUUAUGUUGUGUUGAAAUGUAAACUGGAAGGUCAGCUGUACACUCUGGUUAGUGUUUAUAACCAUGACACAGACACAAAAACCCUUGAUAAACUGUCACAUUACCUGCAGUCAAUGACCACAGGGCUGCUGGUGAUUGGUGGAGAUUUCAACACGGUUCUCAAUCCAUUUGUCGACAAAGACAAUUCAAAAGGGGCGACAGACAGGUCAAACCACAGAAAGCUGCGCUGUUGUGUGAAUAAGUUCAUGAAAUCUCUUCAGCUAUUUGAUGUCUGGAGAAGAAAGAACCCUGUAAAGCAGGAGUACACAUUCCACUGUCAAGUUGCGUCCAGGCUGGAUUACUUUUUUGUUCCAGAAGAAUGUAUGUGGCGGGUCAGAAGAUGUGAAAUCAGAGACUCAGAGAUGGGUGACCAUUGUCCUGUGUACUUGGAGAUCAACAAUGUUUCCACAACCAUUUUUCAGAAAGAUCCACAGAUACAAUCAAUUUCCCAAUGGCUGGAUCUAAAAAGGGAUCUUUUGACAGAUGAGACUGGUUCAUCACUGGGCAAAGAAAGCUCACAUGCAGUCAGUGAGGUUGACAUUAUAUCAGCUGUACAUUCUCUACAAGUGUCCGACACACCGAGACCAGACGGCAUCCCAGUUUCCUUCUAUAAAGACAACAUUCAGGAUCUAAUUCCAUACAUUAAGAUGCUCUAUGACAGAAUCCACAGCGGUGCGUUUAACUGCUCUGAGACACGCUUUAAUGAAACUGUGAAGAGUCCACAUGAUGAUAGUCAACACUUUUUUAACUUUGACUACCUCAUCAUUGCAACUAUUCUGGCAAGACGUCUAGAUGAUUUCUUGGAGACUCAGUCAAAGGGUCUUGUGUCAAACAAAACAACUUCUGUCAUGAUCGCUCCCAAAACCUUCUGCGCUGGGAUGAGGUUGUCUUAUAUUAAGGAUGAAAUAGAAGAGCAAAAACGGUCAAACCCGACUCUGUAUCAAGAUUUCCUCAUUGUGAAAAACCUUCUGAGAGAUGCACCAGAAGAGACACUGAAUCUGUAG